GAAAGUGGAGAAAAUCACGGGCUUUGAUCCGCACGCCCGGGUGAAGCCCGGUUUAAUCUUUCUAGGCUGCCAGAAAACAUGGCAGCUAGCUGGUCCCUGGAGCUUCUCUGGGAGUGUAUCUCUUUAGAUAUGUAUUGUGCUUAAUGUGUUCUCUCCCUAAACCCUUUGUCUUGCCAUCCGUGAGCGCGUCAAGCAACGCGCGUCUGGAGCAGCGCGUGGAUCUCCUGCUGUAUUGCGGCCGUCGACGCCAUCUUGGAGACGGCUGUUCCUUUCAUUGAGCCCGAGCUGUCUUUGUGUUCGACGCCGUCCAGCGCACGUCCCCACGCGGGCUGCGUCUCGUGUUUCUGAAGAGUCUGAGCUAGUGUUUGUGAGCUGAAGCCCUGCUUUAGGAGGCCCUUCGUCCUGCGCUGGAGCUCCGCUUUUGUUUGGGAGGGGUUUCGCGGUCUCCAAAUAUCCUUGAGCGCAGAAAUAUUGAUGUAGUGUUGGAGCCGCACAGGAUAAACGAACUAUGGCCACCUCUGUCCAUCGAUUAUGGAGAAUCCCCUUGCUGAUAACGUCUAGUUAGAGUUCAGUGAGGCCAGUGUUUAUGUAACGCGUCAAAAUGGCGUGGGCUCAAAAUGGACGCUCCGCUUCAGAUGCCAGGCUUGGACACUGUGAUGGCCUCGUUUUAACCACCAUUUUUGGACUUUGCCGUGCUCCUUCUCACCGGAGAGCAGCGGAACACCCCUCUCCAGCUCCUGGAGGCCUGCUGGGAUUCAUUGGAGUGAACGGCAAGAGACUCUGGGGUUUCUGGUGGCUAAUUAGCUUUCUACCAACGAGGCCCAAGCAGCUCCCAGACAAGUGGCAGCAUGACCUGUUCGACAACGGCUACAGUGUGAGCGCUGGCGGUGGAGGCGGGGGUGCAGCCGGCGGUGUGGAAACCGGAGGAAAGCUCCUCGUGUCCAAUCUCGACUUCGGCGUCUCUGACGCAGAUAUUCAGGAACUGUUUGCUGAAUUUGGCACUUUGAAGAAAGCAGCAGUACAUUACGAUCGGUCGGGACGCAGCCUCGGCACUGCAGACGUUCACUUUGAGAGGAAAGCAGACGCUCUGAAAGCCAUGAAGCAGUACAACGGUGUCCCCCUUGAUGGUCGUCCAAUGAACAUUCAGCUUGUUACCUCACAGAUCGACGCACAGAGGCGGACUCCAAUGCAGGGUCUAAAUCGUGGAGGUGGUGGCAUGAACCGAAACAGAAUUGGGGGCUUUGGCGCACCGAGAGGUCGCGGGGGACGUGGUGGUGGUGGAGGAGGAGCCAGAGGUCGGGGGCGAGGGGGUCGAGGAGGCGGCGGCGGCAGCAAACAGCAGCUCUCUGCCGAAGAACUGGACGCCCAGCUAGAUGCCUAUAACGCCAGGAUGGAUACCAGCUAAACGUGUGGUGUCGAGCUGCGUUCCCCCCAUGUUCUGACACGGGAGAGGGGUCAUCGUUGUAAUAGCAUUGAACAUGCCGGAUGUUUUACACUCGUGUCUUCAGAAGUGAUUUAAAUUUGUGCAUCAGCUUCGUUCUCCUUUUAAAAUGUUCGUGUUUUUUACCUACUUUGUUUUAUUUUUGGUUUCCUUUUUUGAGAAAAACCUGGUUGGACUGUAGGAUUUAAGGGAUGGUCUCAUCUUGACCAUCCUUGUGUAGAUCAUUGAAAUUAAAAAAAAAACCUGCAGUGUUUAGUAACCACA